AUGAAUGAGGCAACUAGUCACAAGGAAGGUGGAGACACCAUUCUUGAGGAUUUUGAUAAUAGUUACAAAAAUGGUUCAAGUUCAAGUAGGAAAAAAGAAUUGUAUAAGUAUUUGGAUGAGGAAAUGCUAGAUAGAAAGCAAGACAUAGAUGUCUUUCUUGGUGGCAAAUGGAGCAUCUUCAUUAUCCGAUACUUUCACAUUUAG